AGCGCUGUGUGUGUAUAAGGUGGAGUGGCUGUAGUUAAUAAGUAACAGUCCCUUCAGGUUCAAAGGUUCAGUCACACUAGGAACUGCGAAAACUUCCUUCGGUGGCAGUUAACGAAAACGCUUGCUUAUUAGAGUUAGUGUUAUUGGUAUUUUUGUGACGUUCUAGAAAAUCUGAGAUGGGAAAGAAGCAGGCAGCUACAGGGCCGCUGUCGAGACGUCCGGAUAACUCAGCGUUUAAACAGCAGAGGUUACCCGCCUGGUCUCCAUCUCUCACGGCACAAACUGUGCUGCCAACCUUCUACAUCCUCUCUCUCGUGUGCUUGUUACUGGGCAUAUGGCUCCUCAUCACUGUUAAGAACACAUACGAAUUAAAGGUGGACUACACUAAUGCUGGAUCAUGUGGAAAUUGCUUCACUAUGAGGAACCGUGGCUUCCACGUACCAGACUGCCAAUGCACUGUCAGCUUCCAUGUUCCAAAAAACUUUUCGGGCGAUGUAUUCUUUUACUACGGUCUGAGGAACUUUCAUCAGAACCUGCGGAGGUACAUGGACUCCCGCGAUGAUACACAGAUGGUGGGGAGGAAGAACAACCUGAAGGCACCGAGUUCGUACUGCGCUCCAUUCCAGUACGAUGCAAAGGGACUACCCAUUGCCCCCUGUGGUGCUGUGGCCAACAGCAUGUUCAAUGACUCAUUAUCUGUGACGUAUAAUCCAUCGGGUGGGUCAGAAAUGCCAGUUCUACUCUACAGGAAGGGCAUCGCUUGGUACACAGACAAAAACGUUAAGUUCCGUAACCCUCCAACUAACAGCACAUUCACACUCCAACAAGCCUUUGAAGGCACGACUCAGCCCUUAUACUGGCAGCGUGCGGUUUAUGAGCUGGAUGACGAAAACUCCAACAACAAUGGCUUCAUAAAUGACGACCUGAUUGUUUGGAUGAGAGAGGCCGCCUUCCCUAAUUUCAAAAAGCUUUAUGGGGUUCUCAAUCGUGCUCGAGAGCCUUUCACUGAAGGCCUGCCUGCCGGCAACUACACCCUCUCUAUAAAUUACAAUUUUCCUGUCGCGCCAUUUAGUGGUCGGAAGGAGCUGGUGAUCUCCAUGGUGAGCUGGUUUGGUGGGCAGAAUUACUUCCUGCCCAUAGCGUACCUGGUGACCAGUGGAUUGAUCUUGGUGACGGCUGUCGUACUCACAACGGUUUAUGUGAAAGUGGGCAAAAAGGGCAAGAACAUGGAGGAAUAAGCCAAAAGAUGAUGGAAAUACCUGUCAGAAAAGAAUGACGUAAACAUUGCACUUCAGAUUCAUUAUUAGGCACACUGAAAGCUAUUGAAAUUUAUUUUAAAGUUUAUGCAUCAGCCUCUCUAAUUCUAGGAAAAUUGUGUUGACCAAAACCUACAGUUCAGGUCAAAAGUUUACAUACACCUUGCAGAAUCUGCAAAAUGUUAAUUUGACCAAAAUAAGAGGGAUCAUACAAAAUGCAUGUUAUUUUUUAUUUAGUAUUGACCUUAAUGAGAUAUUUCAUAUAAAAGAUGUUUACAUAUAGACUACAAAAUAAGUUAAAUUUACUCUGAUUUCAAAUUCAAAAAGUUCCGGCUCUUAAUGCAUCGUGAUUUCUUCUGUAAUAGUUGCCUAUGUAAUAAUUGUAGUAGUUGCAUAAGUUGUCCUCAGUGUGAAAAGAUGGAUUUCGAAAUCACACAGUCAUUGUUGGAAAGGGUUCAAAUACACACAAAUGCUAAAAAACCAAAGAAUUUGUGGGACCUAAGGAUUUUUCUGAAGAACAGUAUAUUUAACAGUAUAUUAACAGUAUAUAACGGCUUUGGAUCAAUCAGGUAACAACACAGUAUUAUAAAUCAAGCGUAUGUAAACUUUUGAAUGGAUUAAUUUUAAUUAAUUAAACUUUUAUUUUCUCUAGUGUAAACAUAUUUUAUGUGAUACAUCUUGUGGUCAGUACUAAAUAAAAAAUAACUUGCAUUUUGUAUGAUCCCUCUUAUUUUGCUAAAACUGAUUAACAUUUUGCAGAUUUUACAAGGUGUAUGUAAACAUUUGACCUCAACUGUAUUUGAUACAAAAUAAUACUUGUAGUCUGAUAUACAGUGGAAUUUAAAAUACACACCAGAGUCCACACUAUAAUAUGAGAUUUAAAAUAGAGAUCAAGUGAUUUGUGUUAAUUAUAUAAUAUAAUUUGUAAUGGAAACAAACAAACCUGUAUGAAAGUAGACAGUUGCAAAGACCUCUUUAUUGAACUCCACUAUAUGCUACAUGAUUAUAAUCUGAUUAACUGUAAAACUGCCCUGUAUUUCCAGACAGGAAAUGAGUAAUGGAUAAUUAUAAUUUCCAGCUGUCUUGGAAUCAAUGUACCGGAGUCUUUCCUCACAUCUGACAUAGCCUUGGUUUAAAAUAGCAUACUACUAACUUAUGUAUGAUGUAUAAAUAUUGUACAUAGUAUGCAAAUUUAUUUUCUACAGUACAUACCAUAGUGUACAUCCACACAUGACUAAUAUUUUUUUUUAAUGGAAAAAAACACACACUUGACUUGAUCUUAUAGUUCCAGUGCGAUGAAUGUUCAACUGCAUACUGCAUAAUAAUAGCAAAAACUAUUUCAUUAUAUAUAUAUAUAUAUAUAUACAGUAUAUAUAAUAAUAGUACAAAGUACGUCCUGCACAUUUGCAGUAAACAAUGUAUCAGCAAUGUGUCCUAACUGCCAGCAGGGGGCGUUUGUGACAAUCCUCAUCUGUGAAGUUUGAACACGCGAUUACAAACCACCUGUGUUUACUGAACACUGCGUUUGCUUGUUAUACAGCACAACGACUGGUAAUUUUUCAUUU